AUGAGCUACUACAGUGGAUAUUAUGGAGGCCUGGGCUACGGCUAUGGUGGCUUCGGAGGCUAUGGCUAUGGUUCUGGCUACGGAGGCUAUGGAUAUGGCUCUGGCUACGGAGGCUAUGGAUAUGGAUGCUGCCGCCCUUCAUGCUGUGGAGGGUAUGGGUUCUCCAGCUUCUACUGAGUGAAUUGCUGAAAUUAGAAGCAAACAGGACCAUUCCAAAUAUAUGUGCUCAUAUUCUUUGCUCUUAUUCCAGAGAAAUUCAUCUCAUUUCCUCUGACACCAACAGGAAUGUUUAAGCAGCUUCUGUGACCAUUUUGUAUCUUUAGCUCCUGUAACCCACUACCAAAAUGCAUAUUUAAUAUGAAUAAUCAUUUAAUUUAAUUUAUUCUUCUUGUUUUGUUCUGUUUUCUUUUAAACUGCUAUUGCUAUGUUAUCUUUCUAGCAAUGACUUCGAGAAACUUUAUGCUUUAUUGUUAUCUAAUAAAUAUUUGAAAUGUU